CGCCUUUGCUGCCCGUCUGCCACUGCCAUUUCUUCGUUGCGGCGUUGCCUGCCUGUGCAGGACGGUCAGCUGCGGUUGCUGUGGUUCCACUACAUUCAACAAAUUGCUCAGAGAAGAAUAUCACAUGUUGAGUAUACGAUGGACGUAUUGGUCAAGAUAACGGGGUGCGCCGAGAGUCGCCACUCGCCAGCCACCACCGCACACGAGUCACAACAACAAACAACACGAAUCAUUCGCAUCAGCUGAUUUCAGAUCGGCCCUCACACUAGAGCUGGUAUCUGGCUCAAGAUGUCGGUGCCAUCAUUAUAUAGACUAUUGAGCAGAGCUGUUAGUUCCAGCAGCAGUAUAGCCAGUUUAUCUCGUGCUCCAUCACUACAACACAAUAAAAGGAAUUUGACAUCAUCUCCUUUCCAUUCAGCAAGGAAAGAGGAUCCCUUGGAGGAAACAUCAUUGACAAUUCAGAGUUUAUUUGAUUCAAAGGAACGUAACAAAGGGACCUUUGUGGCAGCCUGUGAUAUCUUCAUGAAAAGAGGCCCGCACCGUCGUGGUCAUGUAGAGUUCAUCUAUAGCGCCCUUAAGCUUAUGGAGAAUUAUGGAGUGCAUAAAGAUUUGGAGGUUUAUAAAAGGCUACUGAAUUUGAUGCCCAAAGGGAAGAUGGUUCCUACAAAUGUCUUCCAAGUUGAGUUCAUGCACUACCCAAAGCAGCAGCAGUGUGCCAUCGACUGCCUUGAACAGAUGGAGAUGAAUGGAGUCAUGCCAGACACCGAGAUGGAGCAUAUCUUAAGAAACUUGUUUGGGAAGAUGAGUCACCCAGUGCGCAAAUAUGGACGCAUGAUGUACUGGAUGCCAAAGUUCAAGAAUGCCUCACCAUGGACUCUCCCUCAAGUUGUUCCCAAUGAUACCUUUGAGUUGGCAAAGAUGGCAGUGGAACGCAUGUGUACAGUUGAUCCUUCCUCCUCUAUUACAGUAUAUCAGACCAGUGAGGUAGAAGAUGCACUGGAGGACACUUGGAUUGUUAGUGGUCAGAGCACAGUGCAGCAAGAACUCUUGGAGAAACACCCACCUGGGGAAUCUAUAAAGGUUGAAGGACCCUUCAGGAUACAUCUGCGUGACAAGUCUAUUGGUUACUUUAUCCUUCAAGCAGAAGCAAAACCCAAGCCUCCUUCACCCUCCAGAACAGUUAUUGAUGAUGUCGGUUCCAUCAAGUCUUGGUUUACUGGUGAGCUACAACCUGAGGAGACAUCACUGAACCAGACCUGUAGUGUGCACGAGCAGGAAGAUGGAACAAUCCUUGCUUUGUGUGUCACAGGAACAUCAGGGCGGGAUUCUCUACUCUCAUGGAUCCGUCUGCUGGAGAAAAGCAAUCCCUGUUUGGCCAAUAUUCCUGUCCUCUUCACACAGGCCAGUCCUAUUGGUGAGAUAAUGAACGUAGAGCCAGAAAAGCAUCAUGAUGAAAUUACUGCAGCUACUUAACCAAAAAACUCUGGACAAAAGUGACAAAAGAGUUGCAUAGCACUGUAUAGAGCUCAGGAGUGUAAAGUUAGUUUAUUACCUCACAUGUAAUAUAUGUUUAUGAAAUAAAAUGUUUUAUUA